AUGAUAAAUUAAACUAAUAUUUCUUACUUUAAAAAAAAUGUGAGUAAAUAAAAAUAGUUUUAUUCGAAUAUUUUGGAUAGAAUAAUUUGUAAAAUUAUACUUAGAAAUAGAAAUAAGAAUUAUUCUAGUAACAAUCUUAAUAAUUGUAAAAUUAAAAUAGAUUAGAAAGUAAAAUCUAGAAUCGUCCUUUAUCAGUUGGUAGUAGGAAUACUAAAUUAAGAAGAUAAUCAAUUACACCAAAAGUGA